GGCAGCGCGUGGGAAGCCGGGCCCUUCGUGUUCCGCGCCCUCGGCGCCUACGACCAGCAGAACACGGCGUACGCGACGGUGGCGCAGCAGCAGCUGCUGCUGGCGCCGCUGUGGAUCAACGCGUUCGCGUACAUGGCUGCGGGCCGCGCCGCGUUCUGCUUCGCCCCGGCCAAGCGCGUGCUCAGGCUGAAUGCUGCGAGGGUUGGCAGCGUGUUUGUGUGGGCCGAUGUGGGCAGUUUCGUGGUCCAGGCUGUCGGCGGCGCGAUGUUGAGUCCGGGCGCGAGCGUUGAGGCAAAGAGGCUCGGGUUAAGGGUUUAUAUGGCUGGUGUGGGCGUGCAGCAGCUUUUUGUCUGCGUGUUUGCGGUGGGUGUUGUGCAGUUUCAUUGGGUCAUGAGCGGGGUGGAGAGGCGGGGGUGGGCGGAGGGAGAGGGCAUGCGUGUGGGGAAGAACGACGAGGACGGGCGGCCGCGCGGCGGCUGCUCUGGGUGGCUGUAUAGAAACUGGCGCGCGUUAGUAUGGGCUCUAUAUACAGUCCUAGCGCUAAUCACGGUCCGCAUAACGUUCCGCCUCGUCGAGUUCGCGCGCGGCAUCACCCCCGCCAACACAAUCCUCUACAACGAGAACUACGUCCUCCUGCUCGACGCGCUGCCCAUGGUGCUCGCGCUGCUGGUGCUCGCGCUCGUGCACCCGGGCGCCGUGCUACGGGGUGCUGACUCGGAACUGCCGGCGCGGAGGGCGUGGUGGCGCUGUUGUGGGGGGCGGAGGGCGGGUGGUCGGGACGAGACGGGCGCGCAGAGGUGGGGCGAGACAGGGCGGGAAGAGGCGGGACGGUGGGAAGCGGGGUGGCGGAACAAAGAGGAGCACGCGCAAAGGCAGUGGGAGAACGACGCCCACGGAUGGGCGGGCCAAGGCGUCGUGCUGACUGAUUUUAGUAGCGGGGGGAAAGCGAGCGGGAACGAGGGGCGGGAGUGGAGGGGCGAGAGGAGGCGGUCGAGCUUGUGGAGUCCGUUGGAGAGGUAGAGGGGUUGAGGUUGGAUGUCUUUCUUUUGCGGGUGCGAAGGUUUUGCCUUGGUAUUGCAUCGGUGGCCUACUUGGAGUUUUGUGAGCGUGGAAGUAAAAGGGGUUGGUGA